CAUGACUCCGCCCCAUGCUUGACUCAGUUAGCUGUUGAAGGAAGAAUGGCUGCUGCUGGGAACUCUAUUACUAUAGUAAGCUCCAGGCAUCAUUUCAGAGAUCCAACAGCCAUGACAAGGUGAGAAAAAUUGUGGCAGAGGAAGGCCGUACAGCUAGGAACCUAAUUGCAUGGAGUGUUCCUUUGGAAAGCAAAGAAGAUGAAGGAAAAGCUAAAUGGCCAUGUGGAAAAUCUAAGAGAGGAAUUCACGGUACACACAAAUCAUCCAAACAGAAUAACACAUUGCACUGUAAAGUAAACUCGAGCUCCACCAGUUAUAAAAUUCAAGACAAGAGCCCUACCAAGACAAGACAUCCCCGCAAAAUAGAUCUGAGGGCACGUUACUGGGCUUUUCUCUUUGAUAAUCUGAGAAGAGCUGUAGAUGAGAUUUAUGUGACAUGCGAAUCAGAUCAAAGUGUCGUUGAAUGCAAGGAAGUGCUUAUGAUGUUGGGAAACUACGUGAGAGACUUCAAGGCCCUUAUUGAUUGGAUACAACUGCAGGAGAAGCUGGAAAAGACUGAUGCACAGAGCAGGCCAACAUCUUUGGCAUGGGAAGUGAAAAAGAUGUCUCCCGGGCGACAUGUUAUGCCAAGUCCUUCAUCUGAGAGAGUGAGCUCCACAUCGAAUGCCCGGAGGACCCUUAAUUUUGGGGGGCCUGCACUUAACAUGGCUUCAAGUCGCCUAACUCCAACAGGAGUGAGCUGGGCUGAUAAAGUUAAAGCAAAUUACAACAACUCUGCAUGCGGUAAAGAUACAGAAAGUCUGCAUUCUUGUGUGCCAGUAGUGGGACAAAAGGCGGCCCCUGAUAAUGAUCGAAUGGAUGCUGAAGGCUGGGAAACAGUACAGCGUGGGAGGCCAAUUCGAUCAAAAUCUGCAGCAAUGGCAAACAAGCCUUCUACUCCUGCAGCCAUGGAAAACAGGGCAAAAGAUGAUAGUGAUAAGGAGAAUGUAUGUUCCAAAUCCCCAGAAGAGAUUCCAGAUGUGAUCCAGAAAUCGGAGCUCCCGCCAGUGCUUUUGGAACCUCCAUCUAAGGAGUUGCUAUGCCCAUGUGAAAUUCCUUUGGCUGAAAUAACUCAGAUUACUGUUCAUAAAGCUCUGGAAGAGCUAAAGACAGGAGGACCAUGCCCAUCUCAAGAUACCACCUCACUUAAAUGUCUGGACAUUCCUGUUGUGUUUCUUGACCCCCUAUCUAAAAUGCAGAAGACAGAGGUGCCCUGCAUCACAGACAAAGCUCGAGGGGGAAGAAAGCCAGGCAGCGAUCUAGAUCUUUCAAACGUGAGUGCUGGAAAAUUGUCCAUGGCAGAAGUUCUUGCUAAGAAAGAAGAGCUAGCAGAUCGAUUGGAGAAGGCCAAUGAAGAAGCUAUAGCCAGUGCUAUUGCAGAGGAAGAGCAACUAACAAGAGAGAUUGAGGCAGAAGAGAACAAUGACAUUGAGAUUGAUAAUGAAAGCGACUUCUCUGCUAGCAUUGGCAGUGCAAGUCUUCUUUACAAUGGCAUGUCCAUGGACUGGAAUGAAGUAUUAGCUGAUUAUGAAGCCAGAGAAUCAUCGAGACAGAACACAUCCUGGGGGGAUAUGGUGGAAGAAGAGCCUUCAAGGCCACCUGGACAUGGAAUACACAUGCAUGAAAAACUUUCUUCCCCAUCUCGAAAAAGAACAAUUGCUGAAUCCAAAAAGAAGCAUGAGGAAAAACAGCUGAAAGCUCAGCAACUUAGAGAGAAGCUAAGAGAAGAGAAAGCUGUCAAACUACAGAAGUUGCUUGAAAGGGAAAAAGAUGUACGAAAAUGGAAGGAGGGGUUAUUUGAGCAGAAACGCAAAAUGAUGGAUGAAAAACUGCUACAUGCUGAGUUUAAGAGGGAGGUACAGUUACAGGCUAUAGUGAAAAAGGCUCAGGUAGAGGAAGCAAAGGUAAAUGAAAUCGCUUUCAUCAAUACCCUGGAAGCUCAGAACAAGCGGCAUGAUGUACUUGCAAAGCUUAAAGAAUAUGAGCAACGGCUGAAUGAACUGCAAGAAGAAAGACAGCAGAGACAGGAAGAGAAACAAGCAAGGGAUGAAGCUGUACAGGAACGCAAAAGAGCCUUGGAAGCUGAACGGCAGGCACGUGUUGAAGAGUUAUUAAUGAAAAGAAAAGAGCAAGAAGCUCGUAUAGAAAUGCAACGACAAGAAAAAGAGCGGGCUCGAGAGGAUGCAGCUAGGGAAAGAGCUAGGGACAGAGAAGAGAGAUUGGCAGCUUUGACGGCAGCUCAGCAGGAAGCAAUGGAGGAGCUCCAAAAGAAGAUACAACUUAAGCACGACGAAAGUGUUCGGAGACACCUGGAGCAGAUUGAGCAAAGGAAGGAGAAAGCAGCAGAGCUCAGUAGUGGCAGACAUGCAAACACAGAUGAUGCACCCAAACUCACCCCAUACGAGCGCAAAAAACAGUGCACUUUAUGCUGUGUCACGAUUUCCUCUGAAGUUUAUCUCUUCAGCCACAUAAAAGGAAAAAACACCAACUAGCAGUGAGAGAAAACAGCAGCAUCCAAGGCAGAGAACUAUCCGACGAGGAAGUGGAGCAUUUGUCCUUGAAAAAAUACAUUGUUGAUAUUCUGAUGGAAACAGCUGUUCCCUUGGAGCCUAUAAAAGAUGGAGAGGAGAAGCAAAAAAA